UACGGCCGCCACUACCGUAUUUCCUGGGGCGCCCUUGCCUAGGUGGUUUGUAAGUGCUGGUGGUGGCCGAAUCGCUUCGUGAGAGAGGCAUAAACUUGGUGGGCUGGGAUGAACCACGCUCCUGGUGGAGGCACGGGAACCGAGCAGGUGCCAUGGCCAGUACAGUGGUAGCAGUUGGACUGACCAUUGCUGCUGCAGGAUUUGCAGGUCGUUAUGCUUUGCAAGCCAUGAAGCAUAUGGAGCCUCAAGUAAAACAAGUUUUUCAAAGUCUACCAAAAUCUGCCUUCAGUGGUGGCUAUUACAGAGGUGGGUUUGAACCCAAAAUGACAAAACGGGAAGCAGCAUUAAUACUAGGUGUAAGCCCUACUGCCAAUAAAGCCAAAAUAAGAGAUGCUCAUCGACGAAUUAUGCUUUUAAAUCACCCAGACAAGGGAGGAUCUCCUUAUAUAGCAGCCAAAAUCAAUGAAGCUAAAGAUUUACUAGAAGGUCAAGCUAAAAAAUGAAGUAAAUGUAUGAUGACUUCAAGUUCUUAUUCUCUUAUGCGUACCAGCUUUUUAUAAUAAAAUGCCUCAAACCUACAAAUUUUAGAAGUUAUUUAGCACAAGCUAAAUCAAACCCUUGGUAUAAACGUUUAAAUUUGAGGAUUUUAAAUCAGAUCAUAGGUUAGUGUUGUUCACUACUCAUUUGACAAAUAAUUUGGUACCUAUUUCAAGACAAAGUGAACAGUCUCUGCCCUAAAGGAAUCCCCAAUCCAAUGGAAGACUGAUAAUUAAAAUGUGAUAAGUAUGAUAUUAGCACAGGUUUAGUAGGGACUCAUCUCACUGGGAAGGAAGGCUCUUCAAGGUAGGGAGGACUCCCUAGUCACUUAGAACCCUGAAUUUUAAAGUGAGUUCAGCCACAACUUUAACCCAAGAAAUUGAUGUAUU